CCAAAUUCCCCAUCUGUUGAUGUUGACAUUUUGAGUCUGUACAGUCUGUAUAAACUGGGUGCUGACAAAGUGACCUUUUGCUUUGUUGCAUCUAAUGUGACAUUUAACGGCAGCCGUUAUGUUUGGUCGCAUGAUGUGAGGGAACCUUUUUUGCCGGAGAGUGACUCAGCAGUGGCGCCAAGCUCGAAUAAAUUAUCUGUUGGUGCCAUUGUUGGUAUUGUUAUCGCAGUUGUAGUUGUUCUUGUUAUUGUGGCUGUCAUUCUGUAUUGUGUACUGCUGCGUCGGCGACAACAACAAGAAAAGCAACGAAGAGAAAAGGUGCAGAUGUAUGCUGUGCACUCUCAGUCCACAAGUAAAACAACCACAGUGGAGACUACUUCGAACUCUUUCACAAAUUCUAUUUUUUCUUGUAGUGUUGUUGCUACUGAGUAG